AGCCGUAUGUCAUUGGUAGCGCAAAUGCUUCUAGAGUGCCUACUACGCACCUACCCUCCGUACCGAUUCCACUUGAGUAUAUCUUAGUCCUUGUUAAUGCUUACUGCACUUCGUCACAUUCCACAGGUGACUCUCAGUUUCCCAGCAAUCGGACUGCGCUUCCUCUCGACGUCGAACGCAAUGGCUACCGAUAAGGAGAGCCAGAAGAACAUCUUAAACUGGGUAGAUCCCAAAGAUAAGACUGGCGAGUUUAAGCGUCAGCAAUCUCAAUUCCGCGACUUUGUCUCGAGUGAGCCAGGCGCAGAGUUUCCAGCAGAAAAGGAUCGAUACCAUCUCUACGUGUCGUAUGCGUGUCCAUGGGCCCAUCGAGCGCUUAUAGUGCGGAAGUUGAAGGGAUUGGAAGAUUUCAUCCCGUUCACUUCCGUACAUUGGCAUAUGCUGGAGAAAGGGUGGCGAUUUGCAACCAAGGAUGAACACGAGCCCGGCGAGAACGUCACACCGGACCCGCUCCAUCCAGAGUACACUCACCUGCGAGAGAUCUACUUCGAGAAUAACACGGACUAUGGCGGUCGCUUCACGGUGCCGACGUUGUAUGACAAGAAGCAGAAGCGCAUCGUCAACAACGAGUCCAGCGAGAUCAUCCGCAUGUUCUACCAUGCCUUCGAUAAACUGCUACCGGAAAAGUUCGCCAAGCUUGAUCUGUUCCCCGAGGACCUGAAGGAGCAGAUCGAGUCUACGAACGAUUGGACGUACAACGACAUCAACAACGGUGUCUACAAAAGCGGGUUCGCAACCACGCAAGAAGCGUACGAGAAGAACGUAAAAACCUUGUUCGCCUCCCUCGACCGUGCCGAAGCCGAGCUUUCCAAGUCGAAAGGCCCGUAUUACCAUGGCGAGCGGGUAACCGAGGCCGACGUCCGCCUCUACACCACCAUCGUUCGCUUCGAUGCCGUUUAUGUCCAACACUUCAAGUGCAAUAUCCGGGACAUCCGCAGCGGCUACCCGAACUUGCACAAGUGGGUGAGAUUCUGUUACUGGAAGAACCCGGCUUUUGGGGAGACCACGGAGUUCACGCAUAUCAAGAACCACUACACUAAGUCGCAUCACCAGAUCAAUCCGUUCAGCAUCACGCCGGUUGGACCUGAGCCACCAAUACUGCCGCUGAAUGAGGAGGUCGCGGCUGUGAAGGCUGUGAUGUAGGUCGGGCAGCUCAGAGCACAGGGCCACAUACCGUAUCCGGGAGAGUCAGAUCAGCAUCUCAAAGCUCGGCGCGGCUUGUUGGCCGCGGAAAGGGAAAGGCUCUUAGCCGGGAAGGCAACGGAGACGACGGGGAGUAGCUUGCUCCUUUCGUGCUGGAGACCUGCCUUGGUGUUUGGAAAUAUGCAAUAACGUUCGGCGAUUUCGACGCAGCAUGUGUUUAAAGUGAGCUGAGGCUCAGAAGAUCAUUCCUAGCACUCGACUCUGCACCGCAGACGAGCCUUCUGGGCUAGGACCAUCUUUCUCACGGGCUUUCCUCUGCUUGAAGUCUCGUCCCGCCUUCACCGGU